GUUUCUCUGUCGCGCUCUGAAAUGAAAAUAUAAACAAAGCUCUACCGUAGUCAUGAUCAACUUGAAAAUUCCUAUUAGAUCAUUUAGAUGGAGGUGAUAUGACUUCCAAUAAAGAAUUUGGACGCGCCAUUGAGGAGUACAAUGUGCACGAGAAGAUUGGUGUUGGAGGCUUUGCAUCCGUUUAUCAUGCUACCUGCAGUAGAACUGGAUGGAAUGUUGCCAUCAAGCAGAUAAGCAAAGAGCAGAUAUUAGAACGUGGGCUCAAUGAGAGAGUGAGACAAGAAGUGUCCAUCCAUCGUACUCUUGAUCACCCAUCCAUAUUGAAGCUCUACACUUUCUUCGAGGAUGCCAGAUUUGUAUACCUUGUGCUGGAGCUCUGCACCGGUGGAGAGCUUCAAAAGGCCCUCAAGGGAAAGCCUCUUCCAGAGGAGCAAUGUGUGCGUUACGUGCGUCAAGUGGUGGCAGGCAUGCUGUACCUGCACAGUCUGUCUAUCAUGCACAGGGACUUGACGCUCUCUAAUUUGUUGCUUGCUGCUGAUGGAUCUUUGCGCAUUGCUGACUUUGGUCUGGCCACUCAACUCACUCGUCCUGAUGAUCGACACACCACCAUGUGUGGCACUCCAAACUACAUGAGUCCCGAGGUUGCCACUCGGAGUUCUCAUGGUCUUGAGUCAGACGUAUGGAGUCUUGGUGUGAUGGUCUACACUAUGAUGGUCGGACGACCGCCCUUCCAUACUCAUGCUGUCCGCGCUACAAUCACCAGGGCCCUCUUGGAGCAAUGCGAUAUACCCUCACAUUUAUCAUCAGAAUGCCGCGAUCUCAUCUCUCGUUGCCUUCAAAAAAAUUUUCGCGAGAGGAUAAAACUACGAGACAUACUUCAUCAUCCUUUCUUGAGAAACUCUGAAACUGAGCCAACAUCGGGCAGAAUGUGUGGGAACAGCAUAGCAACAUCAGAUAGUGGCCUGUAUACCAUGACAACCUCGGGUAAUAAUCUCACAAGUCGGCCUACCACGCUGCAUGCCAUUGCAGAGGAUGAAGACAGCAUGUGUAGCCCUGAAAUAUCAGCCAGGCAUGGCAGCGCCUUUGAUGCUCACAAAGAUAAUGGACAUUUCCAUAGGCCACAAUGUAGCUCCAGAAGUGCUGAUGAUCGAAUGAUUUGCUCGAACGAACGAGAGAAGUUGCCUGGAAUGUCCUGGGAAGGUGCUGCGCUCAGUGACCGGGAUGUAAAGUUGACUUCUGCUGGCUAUGGCGACCAAUAUGAUAACCGAUGUCUGAGUCAGCGGUCCUCAGAAAAUGUGCCUGACGGUCGACGGGGGAACGAUGCUGAAGGCGUUUAUCGUCCUCAUGAUCCAGGUGGUCGAAUACAGAAUUUCCCUCACUCUCCCCCUGUCAAAAUCAAGUCCCACUCCCGACAAGAAAGCAACCCAAGCAAUCUGGCUGUCAUCCAGACUUUAAAACGGAAGUUUACUGGAUUGCCUCCUAUGCAUCCUAUUACUAAGCUAGGAGGUUAUGGCCACCCUCACAUGCCGCCUCCUUCUGCAAAUUCGACUGAUCACUUGAAAAGGCGACCUCUCCACUCCGCAGGAUACUCUGAACGGCUGGAGUUGGCCGUUGAUCCAUCACAUUAUGAAAAUGCUCAAGAUCUUGGUGAAGCUUAUGGCGAGGGCCGAAGACGUUCGAGGUCUCACGAUCGCGCCUUUGACAGGAGAGUAGAAAAACCUCAAGGACGAUCACUCGAUAGGCUGGAUUACAAACAGAAAGAACUUUUCCUUGAUACUCCACGGGAUGUUAAUGCAGAAAAUCAAAACAGGUUAUGGCAGCCAUCCUCAUCGCUCACGAGUCGUCGAUCAGAUGACUCUCUAGAAAAAAAUUCAGCCGUGACAAAGGAACAUUCUUGUUGUCGCAGUGCACACCAUAGGAAUAACUGUCCAAAAUUUCAAAUCCUUAAUUAUGAUGAGGAAAUGAAGAACCCUGACCAGAAAGGGGCUGCUUCUGGGCCUCCUUACUCGUGUUGCAAUGCUUCUACCCAUCGUUCUGGUUGUGAACUUCGAAGGCAAGAAGUGAACCAUCUUCAGUUUGUCCAAGACUACGUGAAUCAGAACACUUUUGGGCAUCCAAGUUCCAGUGAUUUGCCUUCCAGUGACCGCCAGUCCAACAAUUUAUUGGAUGACAUCACACCUGUCAAAUUCACGCCAAGAUUAGAUAUGAUUCCUUCCGUCCCAAGCAGAGGAGAGGCGAUCGAAAAAGAUUCCGUUGCAUCUCAGCAAGUAUCUUCACGAAAGAAUUCGCAUGCAGAUCAUGUCCAUAUAGAUUCUUCACAUCGAGAGCCGGCACCAGACUCAAACAGAUAUCGGGCUGCCAGCAAGCCAGAAAACGGCUCGUUGUCCCAGCAGUGUUCACCUUUAAGCACAAGGAGACUUAGGCCAACUCGACAGACAACCAAAAAUGCUGUGCUUCAUAUCUUGGCCAGCGGUGAAGUAUGCAUUGAAUUUGUGAAGCGCAAGAAAAGAGGAGAGCUUGUAAUGGACGCUUGCAGAAUUUCGCAAGAUGGCAUGAGAGUUGUGUUGUACUCCAUCAACGAUGGAGCAGGAGGUCCUCCACAAGACGUUCCUUACGCCGUACCUCCAGGAGGUGCCGAAGCUUUCUUCAGCUUUGAAACUCUCCCUAAAACGUACUGGAAGAAAUAUAUAUAUGCUUCCAGAUUCGUCGAUGUGGUUAAGACUAAAACUCCUAAAAUCACUUACUACAGUCAACAAGCCAAGUGCAUACUUAUGGAGAAUUCUCCUGACGCUGACUUUGAGGCAACGUUUUACGAGUCUGGUACUAAGGUCCUGUUGAGCGGCGGUACAAUAGCAGUGACUGAGGCCGACGGUACGAAGCACUCCACGUCACGCUCCAGCUCACCCCACCUGCCCACCUCUGUGCUCCAUUUCCACAAUCACGCUAAGACGAUUCAUGAACACUGUCUUUAUCUGGAGCGAGUGCUAGCGGACGUUGAGCAGAAGACAGGCCACGAUAGCUUUCCGCUCACCAUUGGCCGGAAACCUGCAGCCUUUUCAGUUGAGUCAGCACAGGUUCCAGCCAAGUCUGAUCGUCCUUUCUCCUCCCAAAACAAGAAAAGGAAUGAAGGCGAAAAGGAAAACAUAUCGCCAGCGUCUGUGCAAUCUGAAAUGCCGAGGAUUCAUUCGGUCCUCAAUCAGGUUGUUGGUUCGUACGAAGCGUCCAUAUCCAGUUCUGCAUCAGCAUCACGACCUGCACUUGUAGCACGUAAUUUUGAUUCAUCUCAGAAGGAAAAUUGGACAGAAAAACACAAGCAACAGCUUCCAGUAACACAACGCAAUGACACCAAGAACGUCCUUCAAAAUACAUUCGUGCCUGGUGUCGGGUGGAUGAGACAAAAAGAUGAUGGAUGCGUAAGUGUUGAGUUUAUGGACGGCAGUGAAGUAACAGUGGAUUGUCGGGUUGGCGCUGCCGCAGCUGUCAUCUACAAAAGCUGCAGUACUGAUAUUGCCGUCCCAUACGGUGCCAAUGCAACACUGCCCCGACAUCUUAGGGAUAAAUUGUCUACUGUUAAGAACCUCAUGGCGUCUCUGAUGCAGACUAAAUACUAGUUAAUUGUUUUCUAUUUUACAAUCGGAAUUUUUCUACUGUAGUAUGCAGCAUUACGAAUGCUCUCGAUUUAGGGAAAUUUAGACCUUUCUGCCUAAACUGACUCGUGACCUAUACCGACUUUCUCUUCGUCGUUUAUUUUUUUUUCUAUCUCAUUGCAACUUAGUUAAAAUUUACUUUUGUUUAAAUAUUUUCAAUGAGGAUUUCUGUUGGUUGGUCUCAUUUAAUGUCCGACUGUUAUUAUCAAAGGUUUUAACAUUACGAGAUGUGUUGAAGCUGAAAAGCUUCGACGUUAAAUGAUACCAUUGGUUUUAUGAUUGAUCGAUUCACCUGUUUCUAAUGGCAAGAUUUUGAAUGAUAUUUGUUUGAUCGAUCACUUUUUUAUUAAAUAUAAGUUAAUUAAAUGUUCUCAAGGAAUCUAACUUAUUUUACAGGUAUGUUUUCGACGUAGCUCAAGUUUAUUUUUUUUAAAUAGCGUCAGAUAUCGGCAUUCCAUUGAAUAAGAUAAAAAAAUAAAGAAAUGCCUACGAUAUCAUUGUGUCGGCUACAAAGAUGGUGUGCAGAUUCGAUAUAAGGUGUGUGACGAGAUAUCAAUUUUCUUGCGUACGGUAUUUCAAACAUUUCAAAAGCUAGCUGCUAGUCAGCAUCAUUUAGAGUUCCAUUUGCUACCUCUGGAUGUAUUUCGUUACUGCCUUUGUUUCGAAAUUCGAAAAAUGACAAUUUACUAAUGUCUCUGUACAUGCCGUUGCUUUAUCAUUUAAUUUUUUCGUAAUGUUAUAUGGUUAAUAUUAUUAUGCUUGUGUGUUAAAAGUUUUUACCUUAAAGUUUUUUCGUAAUUUUUCUAAUAUAAUAUGUAGACAUUAUUUUAA